AUGACGAUAUGUCUUGGUCCUCUAGACUCAGGAAAAACUCUUCUAAUGAAAAGACUCGCGGACGAGGAAAUAGAUGAGGCUACUGUGACCGAAAAGACUUUGAAUGUUGAAACUUACCGCGUUUUGAGUCCUAACUGCAAGUUUGAUAUUUUAAUCCGAGAAUGUGGAGGCACUAUGGCACCUAGGUGGAAGGAAUAUCUACUUAAUGUCCAAAAGAUAAUGUUCGUUAUUGACGCAAGCAACUUGUGCCAAAUAUCCGCUGCUGGUGUACUACUCUAUACCUUAUUAACCGAUCCGAGCUUGCAAAAAGUAAGAUUUGCUCUUGUACUGUCCAAAAUGGAUUGGUCUUACCGUCAAAUGAGAAACGAAGCUUUGCUUAUGCUUCAAUUUACUCGACUUAAAAAGGAAGUUAAACAAGAGAUUCAAGUUUUAGAAGUCAGUGCUUUAACUGGGGAUGGUGUGGAUAAGUUGAAGGAGUGGAUAUUUGAUCCAGUAACUUUAGAAAAUGCUAGCAAACACAAUUAAAAU